AUGCGGAGACGUGGCGAUGGAGGAUGGCCUGACAAAAUGGUCCAAAGAGGCAAAAAAGUUCGUUUUCAGGAAGAUGACCUGGGUCAUUUCGAAGCUUUUUUGGGACCAUACAUUUUCCGAUGUCACCAUGGUAUCCAUGACAGGCUGUUGUACCAGCUGAAAAUGGCCUCAGAGAGGCGAUCUCACUGGCGUGGUGGGGUUGGGUGUGGCAGCUGUGUUUUUUUUCCUUGGAAAAAAGUGGAAUUUCUCGAGAAUCCUCAUGGCUUUGUCCAUGUUUCAAUGGGGCAGCGCAAUUUUAAUGGGGAACCGACCUUGACAGACUCCUGGGUGCCAGUUCCAAUGGGCCAGACUAGGAGUGAGCGUCCUGCCUUAGCGCUACAAGCUUCAGCCCUGGAGAUGCAGGCCAGCGUUGGAUGGCCCGGGGCCUCCAUGAAGGUUAGACAGGCCCGCGUAGAGAAACUCACCAGGAAGUUCGAGUUGGAAAAGCAUAAGCAGGAGAUCGUAGCUUAUGAGAUGGACAACAUCGAACAGGCGCAUGUGGAAGAGCAGCGUCAGAUCCAUCGCUUUAGCCUCCGGGAACGGCUGCGGCAGAACCGGGCUGCGAAAGACGAGUGGGAAGCCCGUGGCCACGAACUGUGGCAGGAUAACAUGAAGGUCCGCAUGGCCCGAGAGACCGAACAAAUGCGUUUCAGCGACAAGGUCUUUCGCACGCAACAGGAAAAAGAGCAGCAGCAGCGGCGUUUCGCUGCCUCCGAAGUCCUUCAGGGUACCAAGGACUUUGAAGCCGGGCUGCAAAACCUGGGUAUCACCAAGGCCAUUGAGGAGGGGAUGCCGGAAGAUAGCUCAGGGGAAGAUGACGAUGCAACCGCUGAGAGGCUGUUGGCGCAGACCUCCAAGGUGGCUUCAGCCAAGGAAUUGGUGGAUGCCUUGCAGGCCAAGUUACCCACCAACCAGGAGCUGAACUACGAAGCAGGCCUCUUCAUGAGGAAGAUCAAGGAGUCCAAGCAAGCGGGCACCAUUGCACGGCGGGAACGCGAGCGUCGGAGACGACGGGUGCUGGUGGAGCAGCAGCGCGAGCAGGAAAUGCUCGAAGAGAACCAGCUGGAGCAGGUCCUGAUGGAAAAGCUGAACCGCGAAUCCAUUGAGGAAAGCGCCAUCAGCUACCGUAGUUGGAGGGCCAAAACCUUUGAGGAGGUCUUCGUGAGGAAUCGACAAGCGCGGCAGCAGCAGUACAUUGCCAAAAAGAAAGCGGACAAAGAGGAGGCAGUGCAGCGGCUCCGUUUGUACCCCUUCGGGAGCCUUUUGGAUUGGAUCCUGGCCUUUUGCGAAGAUCUGAGAGACGAAAUGAUCGAGACCCUUCGAGAGCAGGAGGAAAGGGAACGUGUCCGCUAUCGUGCAGUAGAGCGUUUUCGUCAUGCGAAACGACGGGAGAAGCUGCGUGAGGAGAUGGAGGGCAUCCUGGAGCUCAUUGUGCAGAUGGCCUUUGCCGACCUGCAGCAGGAGCAGUUGACGGACAAAGAAGAGGUCGACAGCACGCUGUGGCGAGAGUGGGUGGCACUUUUCGAGGAAAAUCUGCCAGUUAUGCCACUGCCCAGCCUGCAGAUGUGUGCAGAAGAACCGGCACCCUUGACGGCCCUCCCAGAGCCUACGGGCUUGGCGAAUCUGCAUUCGGUAGGAGCCACGCUGAACUCAGCGGCUUUGCGGGACUUCAUGGAUGCCAGGGGACAAUGGCAGGUUCCCAUGGUAGAAGGCGAUGACGAGGAACUUCAAGAGGAGGUGCCCGCAUCGCAACCCACUGUGGAAGCCUUCAAUGCCGACGCCGAGGUAGCUGCCACUCUGGAAGAGGCUCAAGGGGUACGCCCCCACUGUGGAGCAAAGGUGGGAAUGGCGUCCAGCGCAGCCCUGAUCAUCAUCUUCCGAAGCGGGAAAGACACAGUGGCCUGCCUGGAAGGUCUUGGUGCCCGCCUUGCUCCUGGUGCUGGCAUCACUGCUGACCAGUCGGGGAACCUGAUGGGCCUGGGACCUCGUUUGGCACGAGGUCGUUUGGCACGAGGUUUACUCAGUUUGUGCUUUGCCAUGGCCUUCCUCUCCUUUUGGUGGCAGGCGGAUGGCUUGGUGGGUCCCAAGGGGAUCUUUCCCAUCGCCGACCAGGGCAUGCCAAAGGUGCAAGCCGUGGAGAAGGUCCGCAGCACUGACUGGGUCCGGACUGGGUCCGUUGGGUCCCAAAAUCUCUGGGCCCUGGGGAACCCUGGAACUCUGGAGCCUGAAGUGAUCAACACAUCAGCAGAUCUUCAAGUUACGGUGUAG